UAUUCGAAAUGUUCAAGCUUUUGCUGUGCUGUCUCGUGGUCUCUGGCGCCUAUGCCAUCAACCAUGGCACCCAGGCUGCCGAUUUCGAAGCAUAUAUGAAAAAAUUUGGAAAAGUCUAUACCCCUGCGGAGAAAAACAAUGCCCAAUUUUACUACAACUAUCAUAAGAACUUGAUAGCUCAGCAAAAUGCGCUGGCAGAUCGUAAGGCAAGCAGCUAUCGUGUGAACGAGAAUCAAUUCUCGGAUAUAAGAUUGAUAACCUUUGCUGCACGUUUGCCGGAGGCUCGCUAUCCGACGACCUCAUUCAAUGUAACGCCCAUCACACCGAUUGAAGUAGCUCCACCUGAGUUUGACAUACUGAGCCAAUGGGGCAUUGAGUUGGUGGCCCAGGAUCAGGGCACUGUGUGCAGCAGUAGCUGGGCCUAUGCGGUUGCCCGUUCCAUUCAAAUUCUGAAUGCCAUCCAGGUUGGAAAUUUUACGCCAUUGAAUAACUCCGCCCAGGCAUUGAUCGAUUGCGCUGGCAUGGGCAACGGCUGCACCACGCAGGUGCCACAAAUCGCCUUCGACUAUUUGACUCAGAAUGGAGCCCUUUUGCUAAACGAGGCUGAUUAUCCGGCUACCAAUACGGACAGUCAACAGGGUAUGUGCAAGCCACAGAUGCCACCAAGUGCAAUCAAAGUGGAUUCCUACGGCACCAUUCCUGAUGGCAAUGAUGCUCUGCUCAUGCGCUACGUUGCCAGCGAAGUACCCGUGAUUGUGGAGUACAAUCCGGCGACCUUUGGAUUCAUGCACUACAGUAGUGGCGUCUACGUGCCCCCAGUGAGGGCUCAGGCUAGCAGCUCCCAGUUCCUGGUGGUGGUUGGCUAUGGCCACGACACGGAGAGCGAUCUUGACUACUGGCUUUGCCUCAACUCUUUUGGCGACACUUGGGGUGAAAAGGGCUUCAUCAGAAUCGUACGCAGCUCUACCCAACCCAUUGCCAAGCGCGCCAUUUUCCCCAACAGUUUGGGCACGAUUGCGACUACGCCCUCUACACCAACUACUACUACUAGAGCUACACCAAUCACACCAUAAUUAUAAUGUGAAUGAUUGUAACCAAUUUUUCCAUAAUAUAUAUAUUUUUCUGUCUUA